AUGGCUCGUCAAAAUGGGGGUCAUACCAUCACGCUUUUCUGCCUGGAGCAUCAACUGCUGAACUUGAUCGGGAUUCAAGGGAGACUACUAGAAUGGCUAAAAUCGUAUCUGAGGGACAGGUAUAUGACGGUUAGGGUUGGCAAUCAGUAUUCUGAUCGCGAUUUAUGUUCGAAUAGUGUGCCACAAGGAGGAGCAUUCACCAUUACUGUUCUUGAUUUACACAUUAGACCUGCCAAAAAGUCUCAAGGUUCAUCCCUGUAUUGA